GUUUCCUUGCUGCGAUCACCCGUCGAGGGGGAGGCGAAUCAAAAGUGAAAAGAAGCAGCCGCAGCCGCCAUCAACACCCCCAUCAUCAUGUUUUCUUUCAAUAUGUUUGAUCAUCCGAUCCCCCGGGUGUUCCAGAACCGCUUCUCGACUCAGUACCGCUGUUUCUCGGUCUCCAUGCUUGCUGGGCCUAACGACCGGUCAGAUGUGGAGAAAGGCGGGAAGAUAAUUAUGCCACCCUCUGCUUUGGAUCAACUCAGCCGGCUUAAUAUUACUUAUCCUAUGUUGUUUAAACUGACCAAUAAAAAUUCAGACCGGAUGACCCACUGCGGCGUCCUUGAGUUUGUGGCUGACGAAGGUAUUUGUUACCUUCCGCACUGGAUGAUGCAGAAUCUGCUCCUGGAGGAAGGGGGCCUGGUGCAAGUGGAGAGUGUUAACCUGCAAGUGGCGACAUAUUCAAAGUUUCAGCCACAGAGUCCUGAUUUUCUUGACAUCACUAACCCCAAAGCAGUAUUGGAAAACGCUCUCAGAAACUUUGCCUGCCUGACCACUGGAGAUGUGAUUGCCAUCAACUACAAUGAGAAGAUCUAUGAGCUCCGCGUAAUGGAGACCAAACCUGACAAAGCUGUGUCCAUCAUAGAGUGUGAUAUGAAUGUGGAUUUUGAUGCACCUUUGGGGUACAAAGAACCAGAAAGACAGGCACAGCAUGAGGAGUCCACGGACACGGAAGCGGACCACAGUGGCUAUGUGAGUGACCUGGGAUUCCGCGCGUUUUCAGGAUCUGGAAAUAGGCUGGAUGGGAAAAAGAAAGGCGUUGAGCCAAAUCCUUCUCCAAUUAAGCCAGAAGACAUCAGAAGAGGGAUUCCUAAUUAUGACUUCAAAAUCGGCAAGAUCACGUUCAUCAGAAAUUCCCGGCCGCUGGUGAAGAAAGUAGAUGAAGAUGAAUCUGGCAGCCGGUUCAUUGCCUUUUCUGGAGAAGGCCAGUCGCUGCGUAAGAAAGGACGAAAACCCUGACUCCUGGAUCCUUUGGCCGAGAGACAAUAAAAUAACACUGAAGCAUUUCUGA